UGCGCACGUGGAGGGGCCGGGUCGUCCUGCGGGGCGCGGGGCCCGCGCUAUGGGGCCCCCCUCGCCGAGCUCCCUGGGCGCGUGGAAGGAGCUGGAGGGGGAGUUCCAUCAGCUGCAGGAAACCCACAAAAUUUACAGACACAAACUGGAGGAACUGACAAGCUUGCAGGCAGCUUGCAGCAGUUCUAUACAGAAGCAAAAACAGAGACUGAAGGAGUUGCAGUAUAACUUUCGGAGAUGCCAGCGCGAGGGCAGCUUGGAAACGGAGCUCAUCCUGCAAAUAAACAACCAGAUCAGAGACCACCAGAAUGUUUUCUUUGACGUGGAGGCCUACUUGCCGAAGAAGAACGGUCUGUACUUAAAUCUGGUGUUGGGAAACGUGGAUGUCACUCUGCUAAGUAACCAGGCCAAGUUUGCCUACAAAGACGAAUAUGAAAAAUUUAAACUGUACUUGACCAUCAUCCUGUUGCUUGGAGCAGUCGCCUGCCGGUUUGUUCUCCAUUAUCGGGUCACUGAUGAAGUGUUCAACUUCCUCUUGGUUUGGUAUUACUGCACGCUGACGAUAAGAGAAAGUAUCCUCAUCAGCAAUGGAUCAAGGAUUAAAGGCUGGUGGGUGUCCCAUCAUUACGUCUCUGCAUUCUUAUCCGGGGUGAUGCUAACGUGGCCAGAUGGUCUCAUGUACCAAAUGUUCCGCAACCAGUUUUUAGCUUUUUCCAUUUUUCAGAGCUGUGUUCAAUUCCUUCAAUAUUAUUAUCAAAGCGGGUGCCUUUAUCGACUUCGUGCACUCGGGAAAAAAAACCACUUAGAUCUCACAGUGGAGGGGUUUCAGUCUUGGAUGUGGCGAGGACUGACAUUUCUCCUCCCGUUUCUGUUCUUUGGACAUUUUUGGCAACUCUACAAUGCGAUCACCCUUUUUGAACUGUCCAGGCACAAGAAGUGUAAAGAAUGGCAAGUUUUGGUGCUUGCUCUCACAUUUCUGAUCCUCUUCCUCGGCAACUUCCUCACCACUCUGAAAGUUGUGCAUACAAAAUUCCAGAAGAACAAAACCAAGGAGCUGUGAAGGAGGAGGGCUGAACUUGCGGGCAGUACAACUUAAUGUGGGGCAGAGGCCUGGUCCCUUGUGGCCUUCUCUGCAGUUCGGCACGCGUUCCAUCCAGUUCUCCGGCUUCUUCACCAGCCCUUUGCUAAGCGAAGCCCUGGAGGAAAUGCCGCUCAACACUUUCCUGCUGUGUCUUCCAAAACUGACUGAUUUGUCAGUGCUGCUGUCUCCCCCCCAAUGAAUGACCUGUUUAUAUAUUUAUACUGAAUGCAAAACCCCAACUCUUGGGGAGGAUCCAGCCAUAAAGUUGGCCCUCUCUGGGAGGGACAUGGAUGGGAUUUUUUUUUUAAGGAGAUAGGAUUAUUCUGGAAUAAAGCAAGCUUUAAUUGUAUGGCUGUUUGUAGUGCCAGGGUUGGGAACGUAUUUGUGCCUGCUUGACGCCAUCCAAUCCAGAUAGCUCAGUCUCUUAGAACCCUGCGUAGCUGCAGUUGCCUGCACAGGCGCCCAGCAUCUCUCUGCAGUCAAUCGCAGGGGGAGGGUGGGUGAGAAAUGUGUGAAUUGUGGCUCCGGAUGGCCAGGCUGCUUAUCUGAUACACGCAGUAAGUAGCCUCCAGUCCUCCUCUGUCAUUUAUUUCAGCAGACUUUAGCAAGGGUGGGAGAUGAGGAAUUACACGAGCUUCUUGCAGCCCGAUGAAUAAUCUCACAGUUUGCUUCUGGUUUUGUUGACCCCAAAAUUGCAUGGAUGUUUUCCGUAUUCAGCCUUCUUUCAAACCUCCUUGUGCCUCGAGAGGGAGAAGAUGGCAAAUAAAGAACGGCUCUUCCCUC